UAUUAUUUCUCGUGUGUUUUUAUUAGCGUCAACAAAAUGCAGUGACAAUGUCAUAACUAUGGCGAUUUUUUUUUCUAUAAUACGUGUAGGGAUGCCGAUGUGGAUGUCCCAAACAUGUAGUCACCGUUUGAUUGGUUUGUAGGAGCAAUAAAAAAAAAAAAAAAAAAAGAUUAAUAUCGGCGUAUUACUUUAAAAUUGUUGUGAAUAAUUGUUCGGUACGAAUAUGUAAUGUAUACAUGUUGGGUGUAUGUUAUUACGUCACGGCCGUUACGGGUAAACGCCGAAAUCUCAGAAACGUCCGGGCAAAACGUCAUAUUUCGGCUUUUUUUUCGGACAAAUCAUCUAUAUGGUAGCGAUCAACAUUAUUCGGGUAAAACUGCAACGUCCGUAAAUUUAAAUUUUUCACAUAUUUGAGAUUUGUCCGAUUUCGGUUUUUGAUCGUAAAUUAUACAUGUACGUCUUUUAUUUUUAUUUUUUAUAUUUUUCAUUAUAGUUUAUACCUGUAAACUAUUUUCUUAAUUGCCAAAAAAAAAAAAAAAAAUGAUAACUGUUGCUUUUUUUGGGACGAGAAAACGUAAAUAAAAAGCAUAAAGGUUGUACCUAUAUAAUACGAAUUAAGAUAAUUAUAUAAAAUAAUCGUAUUAAAAUAUUAUAAGUAGUGCUAUGUAAAAAUAUUAUGACGUUUAAAAUAUCAAUUCAUUUUUAAUUAAAAGAUCACGACGAUCAUAACAUUUAAUACAUUUUUAUGCUCGUUGCUAAUAUUUUUUUUUCUCUAAAUAAUUACUAAUUAAAUUUAAUUAUAAAACAAAACUAUCUAUGGAAUUUCGAAUACCUAUAUAUUGCUAUUUGAACAUCAAACGUUCACCCAAUUCCCCUCUAAAAGGUCGUCUAAACAUUUCAAGCGCACAUAUAAUUGUUUCGUUACACAUUUUGUGUAUUUAGAGGAGAAAAUUGUUGUAAUAUAAAAUUCUGAUCAUACUGCAAUGUAUUUAUAUUUUUUUCCGGGAUUCGGUCGUUGUUAUACGCAUAUGAACAGGCCCGGGGCCCACAUUAAUAAGGAAACGUAUUCUGUUAAAAUGGAAUAAAUGGACGGAAAAAAAAAGUCAUCAAAUAUUCAACUCAUAAAAUGGGUGCCCCCCCCCCACCCUAAAUCCGGGCCUGCACAUGACUAGUGAGACUAGAGGCGAAGCUAAAGUUUCUCUAGGUACGACCAUUUAUUUUGACUAUGGCUUUUACAAUAUAAAUGUAUGACAUUGAUGAUAUGACGUAGCACGCAGGUAACGAUUUAUUGGUACGUGUGGAUCGUACGAACACGAUCGUCGGUGUUCGACUUUUUUUUCAAUAUGUCCACUGCUGUUUUCUUAUCAAUUAAAAAUAAUAUUUCCCGUUAUCAGUGUCCUCCGAGGAAAUAAGACGUGUUGACCCGCAUUUGGGCAACGAUUUAAAUCGACUCAAAUGUUCUCCGCCUCGUUUACCCCGUUCCAGGCGACAUCGGUUUCGCGCGUAUAGAUCGUGUUCCCGGAUCCGUUUCUGUGAUGCAAUUUUCAGAAAACGGUAACUCGCUGAAUGACACAACCAUCAUCGACUGCCUACAUGGUUUUUUCACGUUCACCAAGCUCUUCACGUUAACUAUUUUGGACGAUUAUUUCUCGUUGAUCGAUUUCCAGGUCUCCCUGCACGAAUUCCUGCAAAGCGUACUCAACUUUGUCAGCUUCGAUCAGUUCCAGAUCGAGAUAUUCAACUUCCUGAUACUGUUCGAGACUUUGUUGCUUGCCUUGUUGAUAUAUAUCUGGGCAAAAUACAACAGUGAUAUUUACGAACGUUUCCUGUUGAGUGGUUGGUUUGGAUUUAAAAAAAAAAAUAAAAAUAUUAAGAUAAUUACCAGGUAUUAGUUUCUGAUGUAUUUAAAUGGUAUUUGUAUUUUUUCAGACGCAAUAGUCGAUGAACUGAAGGAGGACGUGUCUCAAUUAAAGUUACCCAAGUCGUACACUCCUAGAAUAUAAAAGAAGAUGAGUGAUAAAUUGAAAAAGUUUUUCCAAAAAAAGAAGGCUGACGUCAAGUUUAAAAGAGCUGGCCCUGGUCAUCGUCUCAAUGAAGAUACUGCACCAAAGAAUGUGGCGAAAACCGGAGAAACAUCUCGCUCUAACAGAGUCGAACCUACAGAUGAAGCCAAACAAGCAGCAGCUGCUGCCUUGGCUAGAUUUGAAAGUAAAAAAUCUACUACUGGUCCAAUAAACACGUUAGUUUAUUUUUUUUAACAUGUACCUAUAUUAAUUUAAUAAUGAAUUUGGCUUAUUUAUUGGUACUUAGUGAAAUUGAUUUUUCAGUUCAUUAGCUGCUAUCAAAUCGAGAGCUCGAAAAGAAAUGGAAGCAGAGAGAAGAAAAGAGAAACAAAAUGAAGACACAUUCACACAUUUAGAAGAAUUAAAAACCAGUACUGAUGUUUCUGGAACAUUAGCUACUAUUGGUGUUUUUUUCCAAUGUCCAAUAAUAGGCAAGUAUUUUUUUUCUAACUAAUCAAUCUUUAUUUUUACCUUGAUAAAUCAUAGGCAAAAAUUGUUUAUAAAUGUUCGGGUGAUGGAAAACUGGCACCCAAAAUGCCGAUAGGAAAAAAAACUGACAUGCACAAUUGACUGAAAAUUAAAAUACUGUUCCAAUAAUGAAACACUAUGAAUAAAAUAAAUUAUUAAUAUAAUAGUAUUAUGGCUAGUGAAUUAGUCCAAAUGAUAAAUUGUAAAAUUUAAAAAAAAACCAAACCUAACCUAGUGUGCCUUUUGUUAAAUGUUUAAUAGCAAUAAAUCUUUUAAAAGGAAUCGGCCAAGGAUUAGAUUUACGUUAUCAAAAUGAUAAUAAACUCCACUUAACAUUAGAUCUUAUAAUUAACUUUAUAUCUUAAGUUGGAUUCUUGUUAUUUAUUCAAUACACAAUUUAAGUUUAAAUUUAUUUGUAUAAUACUUUGCUUAAAAUCGACAAGCAUUUUCUAAUAGGAAGACUGAUUUAUGCAUAUGGCAACGCAUACACAAAAGUUUUUUUUUUAAAUUUUUAUAUUGAAUAAAAUUAGCAAUUUAGUAAAAAUAAAUUCUAUAUUAGUUUUAAAAAAAUUCUUUAAUAAAACAAUCAUAUUUAUAGGUUUGGAAGUUUGAGCGCAUUUUUUUUUUUUCAGGGAACAUUUGGUGUCAAUUUAUCAGAUGUAUUGGAAUUUGUAAAAGAAAGUGUUUUUGAUGAAGAACAACCAUUUAAUUUGAGACUAUGCAAUAGAAAAAUGUUUAGUCCUGAAGAUGAACAUAUGACUUUAAUUGAAUUAAGCUUAGCACCUUCUUCUAUUUUGCUGUUUACUAACGAUCCACCUAUUAGCGAUCAGGGUCACCCUUAUUUGAAAGAUGAACUUAUGUCAUUGGUACAAAAUACCUUGUAAUCUUCUUCUUCUUCAUCGAUUUUUUAAAGGCCAUUGAGGCCCAUUACCGCAACACAAAUUUGCUUCCAUCUGUCUCUGUCCUGUGCUAUUGUUUCUCCAUCUCAUAUUCCAAUUUCUGCUAAAUUCUUCUCCACCUUUGUUUCGGCCUGCCAAGUGGUCUNAAUUUAAGUUUAAAUUUAUUUGUAUAAUACUUUGCUUAAAAUCGACAAGCAUUUUCUAAUAGAAAGACUGAUUUAUGCAUAUGGCAACGCAUACACAAAAGUUUUUUUCUUAAAUUUUUAUAUUGAUUAAAAUUAGCAAUUUAGUAAAAAUAAAGUCUAUAUUAGUUAUAAAAAAAUUCUUAUAAAACACAAUCAUAUUUAUAGGUUUGGAAGUUUUAUCACAAGAAGAAUGGCAUGUAAAAAUAGAAGAAUUUAUUAAAGAACAAAUGAAAGAUGAUCCUAUUUUACAAUCAAUUCUACUAAUACAAAACUGUAAUCAUAACCGGUCUAAAGUAAAUAUAUUUUAAAGGUGGACUUAUGUACAAUUAAACAUUAUAUUUAUUUUAUUUUAAAAAGGUGGAAGAAUGCAUUAAGUUAUUGGUGACUUAUGCAGAAAAUAUUAUUAGGAAUAGAGAGGAAGUGAAGUAUCGUAAAAUUAGAUUAACCAAUAAAACAUUUAUGGAAAAAGUGUUACCAAUUAAGGGAGCGAUCGAGUUCUUAGAAUCUAUAGGUUUUAUAAAACAAAAACUAAUGCAUGAAGACCAAAUGGAAAAUUUCUUAGUUUUUCCUGAAGACUGUUUAAAUAAUUUGGCUAUGGUUCAGUCUACUGUGGACGAUUUACAAUCGGCAGAACGCAUACAACUGGUUUUAGAUAGAAAUGUUCAAGUUCUCCUACCAUCACAAGCAUCAAAAAAAGUGUCAUUACCUCCAGAGUUUUUUAGUAUGUCUGCUGUUGAACUAAAAAUUGAACAACAAAAGCGGUAAGCUCUUAUAACACAUUAAAUAUACUAUGUGUGAUGUUAUGUUUGUUUUAAUACUAGGACUGAGAAUAUUGAAAGUGAAAUGGUACUCAAAACUAAAAAAAUGCGCAUUAAAGAACAGAAUAAACACAAUUCAAGGUAUAAAUAUUGUUUGAUUCGCGUGAAGUUUCCAGACUGUUUGUAUUUACAAGUAAUUUCACUGAGUAUAUAUUUUAGUGCAUUAUAAUUUGAGCGCAUUUUUUUUUUUUCAGGGAACAUUUGGUGUCAAUGAACAUUUAUCAGAUGUAUUGGAAUUUGUAAAAGAAAGUGUUUUUGAUGAAGAACGACCAUUUAAUUUGAGACUAUGCAGUGGAAAAAUGUUCAGUCCUGAAGAUGAACAUAUGACUUUAAUUGAAUUAAGCUUAGUACCUUCUUCUAUUUUGCUGUUUACUAACGAUCCACCUAUUAGCGAUCAGGAUCACCCUUAUUUGAAAGACGAGCUUAUGUCAUUGGUACAAGAUACCUUGUAAUACUCAUAAAUUUUCAAUGGAUUGUGAUAUUAUUUUAAUAAUUUUUGUUUAAAUCGGGUACAAUCAAUUAUUGUUAAAUUAAUGGAUACAUU